GUCACUGAUGUUACGUUAUCUUAGCUAUCUUAACUAAGCACUACUCAGUUAAGCAGGCGCUUACAACCGUAAGACGUAGCAGGCACACUAACUUUAUCUGCUGUGGCAUUUUUGCCGUCGACGAUAGUUUGUAAAUCAUUUAGAUUUUAACUAAUAUGACAAAGGAUCUAAAUCUGAGAUGACAGACUGCAUUCCUGGAGAACCACUGUUCAAUUUGCGCUUUUUACUGCUCCAGGACACGACUUUCGCUAAUGAAAGCAUUAAUGUUAAAGCAGAGCAGCACAUAAUGCAGGACUGGAUUGUUUCCCAUGUGACCCUAGACCUGCUAUGUAGCUGUCAUCGCAGUACUGGCCGUGCAAAGGUGACCCAUGCAGUUGUGGUCAUCUUUUUGGAAUUCUUUUCCUGGGGCCUACUUACAACACCAAUGCUUACAGUGCUACAUGAAACAUUUCCAGAGCACACAUUCCUCAUGAAUGGGCUUAUUCAAGGGGUUAAGGGUUUGCUAUCAUUCAUGAGUGCCCCUUUAAUUGGUGCCUUGUCAGAUGUAUGGGGCAGAAAGUCUUUCCUGUUGCUGACAGUGUUCUUUACCUGUGCCCCCAUCCCACUGAUGAGGAUAAGCCCAUGGUGGUAUUUUGCCCUCAUUUCAGUAUCUGGAGUCUUCUCAGUUACAUUCUCUGUUAUAUUUGCAUAUGUAGCAGAUAUUACAGAGGAACAUGAAAGAAGCACAGCCUAUGGAUUGGUAUCAGCAACUUUUGCUGCAAGUUUAGUGACAAGUCCUGCUAUAGGGGCCUACCUCUCCGCCAAUUAUUCAGACAGCCUGGUCGUACUGGUAGCCACCAUAAUUGCUGUAGCCGAUAUUCUGUUUGUACUCCUGGUCGUGCCAGAGUCACUGCCAGACAAAAUGAGACUGUCAUCAUGGGGUUUUCCUAUUUCUUGGGAGCAAGCUGACCCCUUUGGUUCUCUGAGAAAAGUGGGGAAGGACACCACAGUGCUGCUCAUAUGUGUCACUGUGUUUUUGUCAUACCUGCCAGAGGCAGGGCAGUAUUCCAGCUUUUUCUUAUACCUAAGACAGGUCAUUAACUUCUCAUCAGCAGAAAUUGCAGCAUUUAUAGCAAUGGUUGGAAUCCUCUCUAUUGUUGCACAGACUUUGCUCCUAAGUGUGCUCAUGAGGAAAAUUGGAAACAAGAAUACUGUGUUACUGGGACUUGGAUUUCAGCUGUUCCAGCUGGCCUGGUAUGGCUUCGGGUCAGAAUCAUGGAUGAUGUGGGCAGCUGGCACAGUGGCUGCUAUGUCCAGUAUCACCUUCCCUGCAGUGAGUGCCCUAGUCUCCCGCUGCACUGAUCAUGACCAGCAGGGUGCAGUCCAGGGAAUGAUAACAGGGAUUAGGGGCCUGUGCAAUGGUCUUGGUCCAGCUCUUUUUGGAUUUAUAUUCUUUCUCUUCAAUGUGGAACUGAAUGAGAUGGGCCCAGUGGAUCAUGACCCAGCCUCAACCGUCAGUGAUGAGAGUUCAGUCAUUCCAGGACCUCCCUUCUUGUUUGGAGCCUGUACAGUUCUUUUGGCACUGUUGGUAGCCAUCUUCAUUCCAGAACGGCACAGUCUGGCGAUAAAGACCUGUAGCGCACGGGCUGUAUCGGGGCCAGUCAGCGGAACCCAGUGUAAUAAUUCUGCUCCUGCGAGUGAUGAGGACAACGAACCUCUCCUACAGGACAGCAGCAUGUAGUCACCUAAUUCAGCUUUUUUGGAAUAUGCAGGAAAUACAUGAAGGAGAGCAGCGAAAAUGUGCUCUGGAAUGACGGACUUGAAACAGUUACUGUACUGGUGUUCGUUUUAUUAUCUGAUAAAUUGCUUCCAGCAUUGUUUUUUUUAUUAUUAUUACUGUUUUUUUAACAUA